AUGUUACUCGGGAAGUUUACAACUACCGACCCGGAUACGGCGUGUUCUAGGACGUCACCAUCCACCACCGUGUAUGAGAUCAUAAAUGUGACGUCACCGGUGAAUGUUUCUCAACCAGAAUUUGAAGUCAGGAUCUCUAGCACCGUGACUGAAGCUGCCAUCGACUUCAACGACCAGGCCGUGCCGUUGACGUUAACGAUACGGUGUACUGACGGCAACCCCGUCAACGUCAUCACCGGGACUUUCAACGUCAAUAUCGUUGAUGAGGACCCAGUUCUAACGUCGUUUCCUAUGACGUCAUAUCAGUUCCUAGAAGACACUUCCGUUUCCGCUCUGGAGCUAAACUCAUUCAGCCUUAAAGAUUCUGAUGACGUCAUAUCUGCUUGAUGUCAUCUGUCAAAUCUGAAAAUCAACGUCAAAGCGUUUCAGAUUUGGUACAAGGGACGCCCGCGAGCGUCCUUGAACUAUGACGUCACGCCCGUUCAUAACAUCGGGAUUAUUUGCGACGACGGUAAAGUCUUUGGCGCGAGAUAUUAUUACGCAGUGGAUCUGGAAAACAACGUAAGUAAUCCAAGACGAAGAACAGCCCAACUGUAUGUCUGUCAUGGAUUAUACUUGGUAUACUAACAAAGAGGAAAUUACGCCCCUCCCAUUUUCCACCAUUGG